AUGUUCUCACGAUCUGCUCUACGGGGCCUCGCCUCCGAACUGCGCUGGACUGCACCAUCUACAAUUUCAUCCGCAGCUCCCCUGCAGCAACGAGCAUGCCUUCACCAGAGUGCAUCUUUGAUGAACUCGCAACCUCAGAGCCAGUCGGCUUCCAGCCACCCCGAAUCACCUCUCAGUGCCACUCCCCGGGCGCAAAACACCCAACCGAAGACUCGUGUCAUGGCUCCCACUUUUGACGAAACCAUCAUGACACCCCAAACACGCGCACACGUUCCCAUCGCAAAACAACCCGUUGCCCCGACUUUCACCUCCCCUCUCGAAGUGACCAAAUCUCUUAUGUCACAGCUUCCCCACCUUGCCGGCCAGAAGCCGCACUACAUCGUCGCUCAACUGCACGCACGACCAUACCUCUUGACAGAAGGUGAUCACAUCCGGUUGCCCUUCCUCAUGCCCAAGGUCAAGGCAGGCGAUAUUCUGCGCUUCAACCGCGCUUCGGCACUUGGAUCCCGCGACUUCACAAUGAAGGGCUCACCGACUAUCGACGAGCGUAUCUACGAGUGCCGCGUUCGUGUGACAGGUGUGGAUGCGGAGCCGCUGCGCAUCAAGGAGAAGACCAAGCGGAGACAACGGCACGUGAAGCAGGCCAAGAGCAAGCACCGCUAUACGCUCAUGCGUGUCAUGGAUGUGCGGGUGAAGACGCCGGAUGAGUUGUUGGCGGAAGGCGCGGUGAUCGUGGAUGACGCAGAGGACAGCUCAGUAAUUGAACCCCGGUCAUAA